ACUUUAGUAUAACAUAUUUUCACAUAAACAUCAUUCCUAGCAAGUGAAAAUGUUCAAACUUCUAUUUGUCUUUGCUGUCCUCAUCUUGAGCAGCAAUGCUUCUGUACAAGACUUUUGUGUAGCAGACUUGAAAGGACCAGAGUCCCCUGCAGGCUACUCUUGCAAGUCUGUUACCAAAGUCACGGUGAACGACUUUGUGUUCUCCGGUCUAAGUGCAGCAGGAGACACCUCAAACAUCAUCAAAGCAUCAGUGUCACCAGCAUUUGCAGCUCAAUUCCCUGGCCUAAAUGGUUUAGGUCUCUCUGCAGCACGUCUCGACUUAGCACCUGGUGGUGUGGUACCAUUUCACACUCAUCCUGGUGCUUCUGAAGUCCUGCUUGUCGUGCAAGGGUCGAUCACAGCUGCUUUUGUUUCUUCAGCAAACACUGUUUACUUGAAGACAAUCAAGAAAGGUGAACUAAUGGUAUUCCCACAAGGUUUGUUGCAUUUUCAAGUGAAUGCAGUUGGUUUCAACUCUGUAGCUUAUGUCUUCUUUAGUAGCUCCAAUCCUGGCCUUCAAAUCACGGAUUUCGCGUUGUUUGCCAACGACUUGUCAACUAAGUUGGUUGAGGCUACAACAUUCCUUGAUGAAGCACAAAUCAAGAAGCUCAAGGGUGUGCUUGGAGGCACUGGCUAGAACUUGUACUGUUUCUCUUUUUUCAGAGUUGUUAUUUUUUUUGACAAUUAUUGGUAGCUACUUGCAAUUGUUUUGCUUUUGAUGAUUCUUUCUAGCAAUGCCAUGUUAUUUUGAGCUUAA